AAGAAAAGGUAAAGCGUGCAAAAAAAAAAACAAAAAAUUAAAUUGUAUUCUCUCUCUCUAGGGAUAGGUCAAAGACGAAUCAGAGCCAACUCUAAAGACUUGUACUUUGCUCUGUAACAUUUUUCUCUGUUCCGCAAUAACGAGAAAGAAUCUACAAUCAGAGGCAGCUCAAUUUCAAUUUUGUUUUGGGUUUGUUCUGAAAAAUGCAACUUUUUAGUAGCUGUUGUGGAAAAGGAUCUGCUGGGGACAAGGAAGCCAAAACAGAGCCACCUCGUAAGAUAUUCUCACUAAAAGAGCUUCACGCAGCGACAAACAGUUUCAACUACGACAACAAACUCGGCGAAGGACGGUUCAGCAGUGUGUAUUGGGGUCAGCUCUCUGACGGUUCACAAAUCGCAGUCAAGAGAUUAAAGUCAUGGACCAACAGAGAAGAUAUAAACUUCACUCUCGAAGUCGAGAUUCUUUCACGUAUCCGUCACAAGAACUUGCUGAGUGUUCGUGGAUACUGUAACGAAGGACAAGAACGUCUUCUUGUGUAUGACUACAUGCCGAGUCUGAGCUUGGUUUCGCAUCUUCAUGGUCAGCAUUCAGCUGAGUGCAUUCUAGAUUGUACUAAGCGGAUCAAGAUUGCUAUAACCUCUGCUCAGGCCAUUGCCUACCUACACCAUCAUGCAACGCCGCGUGUAGUCCACGGUGAUGUGAGAGCUAGCAAUGUGCUGCUAGACUCUGAGUUUGAAGCGCGGGUUACGGAUUUUGGAUAUGGUAAACUGAUGCCAGAAGAUGAAGCCAAAAGUAAUAACAACAAUGGGUAUCUCUCACCAGAACGUGUUGCAUCAGAAGCAGGUGACGUGUACAGUUUUGGUAUCUUGUUGCUUGAGCUGGUUAGUGGCAAGAGAGCAAAGCUGGGUCUAACGGAGUGGGUGUUGCCACUUGUUUACGAGAGGAAGUUCGGUGAAAUAGUGGAUCAGAGGGUGAAAGAGGAGGACGUGGGAGAAAGGUUGAAGAAAGUGGUUUUGGUGGGUCUUUUGUGUGCUCAGAGAGAGGCGGAGAUGAGACCAACAAUGUCUCAAGUGGUGGAGAUGUUGAUGAAUGAAUCAAAGGAGAAGAUGUCUGAACUUGAAUGUAAUCCUCUCUUCAAGAAACCGUGUAGUAGCGGCGACGAAAACCAUAGAGAGGAUCAGGAGGGUGCAGAUGUGAUCACAGAAGAGAAGGAUGAUCAUCAUCAACAACAAGAGUAGGGAUCUUUAGGCAUAGAAAGUUUGUUCUCUCAGAUUGUUUUUUUUUUUUCCUACCAUCUUCUGUUCAUAUUGUGGUAUUGAUUUGAUUGAUUGGUGUUUGUUAAGGUGUGGUAUGUAAAGGCAGAGUUGUGAUGCUUUUGGUCUUGCUUGAAAGAUUGAUACUUUUAAUUUAUGGAUUAUACUGAGACUUGUGUACU